UACUUGGUGUUGGGUUGGAAUCAGCCACUCCAGGGGUAGUAUUGGGUAGUCCCAAGUCUCCUUCUUGAGGAAGUCACCCAGACACAGAAAAUUAGACCUCUGGAAGUGACUUUCCUUAGAAGUCAUCAAAUUCAAUCCCUUCUUUUUAUAAAAGAGGAAACUGAGGCCCAGAGAAGUUAAAUAGACUUACCCAAAGCCACAUGGCUAGUCAGUGGUCUAGAACUCAUAUUUCUUGACUCUUAGUACAAACUUCUUUCUAUCAUAACAUGUGCUAGAUUGCUUUCUUUCUAUAAAAUGAGCUAGAAACUAACACCUCCCUGACUGUGCUGGAGGUCAUUCAAUCAAAAAAUCAGGGAAGCCAGGAAGCAGGGGCUGAGUUCCUGAAAUAGUCAUCAGGAGUAUUCUUUCCCUUGGGCCUUCCUUUGGGUUAUGACUAAGUCCAGUUGGACUUUGGUAAUAAGAGCCAGGAUGACUCAACUGUGUGUCAAGUGGCUAUUUCAUAACUUUAACCCUUUUUUCUUUUUCCAAGAAAAAAAAAAGGUUACUAGAGGUGAAAUAAAAAUAGACUUUUGCUUUUAUAUCACACUUAUUUCUGAAUGUGCCCCCUACCCCUUUUUCUACCCUUGUAAUAACAAAAAGCCCAAGCAUAAACUUUAAUAAAACAAACUGAUAUAUCAACUGUAGUUGACAGCAUUAGGCAACAUUCUACACCCACAGUGUUCUCUACCUCUUCAAUGAAAGGAAGAGUUUAAGCUGAUUUUCCUGUUGUUCACAUUUAGGACUCAAAAUAUGAAGGUAGUCUAGGAUGGAGUGCUUCUCAGGGGGCCAGAUCUUUGGGUCCCUUGAUGGGGAAUGGAUCAGGAGCUAACGUGACUUUUUAGAUGAAAAAGAAGCUUAAGAAUGAGCCCCCUCUACAAGAGAAAGGGUAGGAAGAGAGAAGAGAAAAGGAACAGGAAGAGAAGAAAGCUGACUAAGAUAGAGUGGCUGGAGCCAAAGAGAUAGGCCCCGGGGUAUUGAAAAAAAAGGAAUCCUUCCUGUUUUGUGAUGAUGCAUCAAUUACAUCUUCGUGAAAAUGAGGGAUCCUUGCUCCACCAUUAGCCCACUAAAGUCCAACAGAGCCAGAGGUCAGAACCUCAAGGAGUGUACUCAGGCUCUCCUCCCAAUAUCCCUCCCCCUGGCACCACCCACACUCUCAUGUUCCUUUGGAUUUUACCCCGACUAGAGCACUCCCCAUUGGCGGUCAGGCAGGUGGGAAGAUGUUUCACAAGGUCAGAGAUAAGACACCAGAGCUAGAUGACCUGCAGCGAUUGCUCUGGACUCAAACAAGGCCUGGGAACCACAUGGAUCAAGUCUGGCCUAAGAUCUAUGUGGGAGACUUAGUGGCUGCCAGGAAUCUCCCAAUGCUGCAGAGCCAAGGAAUCACUCAUAUCCUUAAUGCUGCCCAUGCGGGGUUAGAUGUGUCUACAAGACCCACUUAUUAUUAUUGCUUACCUGUGACCUACCAUGGGAUCCAGGCUUUUGAUCACCCUGCCUUUGACCUCAGUGUCUUUUUCCUUGAGGCAGCAAACUUCAUCCAGGGAGCACUGGAGACCCCAGAAGGGAAGGUGCUUGUCCACUGUGCCAUGGGGCUCAGCCGCUCUGCUACCCUGGUGCUUGCCUUCCUGAUGCUCCGGAAGCAGCUGACCCUGGUGGAAGCCCUGAGGACAGUAAGUGUCCAUCGAAACAUCUGCCCCAAUCGGGGGUUCCUCUCCCAGCUGCGUGAUCUGGAUAUCCAACUUAGCCAGGAACGGCAUAAAGGGAGCAGGGAGAGACUGAUGCCACCCACCACUCUGCAUGGAAAAUAAAA